AUGCUCGAUUGCUCUCACGGAUUGGUGUGUUUGCUUGGAUAUACCCGAGAUCGAGUGAAACGAAAGAAACUGGUUGUUGUUUGGAAUCCACUAAUUGGGAAAUCUGUUGGUAUAGAGAUACCGGAUCGAGCCGAUAUUGUUAUUGGUUUUGGGGUGUGUCCUAAAACUAGCGACCCUAAGAUCCUCAAGAUUUCACGUUUUGUGGACAGCGAGGCCGAGGCCACGGCUGAGGUUUUCACAUUAAGCUCUGGGGCUUGGAGAAAUGUACCGAUGGAUAUGCCGUUUAAAUCAUUGCGUUUCUGGAAUUCACAGGUGGUUAUAGAUGGGGUUAUUCAUUGGCUUACUUCUGAGAAAAUUACAUAUAAACAUAGGUUUUAUUCAUUUGAUUUGGCAAGUGAAGAAUUUGGAGAAGCAGUAGACUUUCCUUAUAACUUAGCAGGACGCUCUGGAAGGCUGUACGGUAUAUCUAAGAUCAACGAUUCUCUUGUUGUGCUUAGUCAUCACUGUGUCAUUACUAAUUUAACACCGCAACCAUUUUGUGACGUAUGGAUGAUGUUGAAAAAUGGUGUUUCAAAACCCUCCUUUACAAAACUAUUCACUGUUAAUGACGUUGAGGUUAAUAGUAUGAUUGGAUUUAGGAAGAAUGGCCAACCGAUAAUGGAUCGGACGAAGACGGGUGGAUAUGAUGGUGAACUAGAGGUUUAUGAACUCUGCUCGGAACGCAGGUCUUGGGAUUUAUGGGUCGGCCUUCAUGAUGACCUCCUACACAGAAUCACUACUUUUGCUUAA